UGACAGAGGGCGCUUCGCCAACAACAUCAACGCGCCCUCUGCGGUAGAACUUCGCCAAUAAACAUUACAAAACUCGCAAGAUGGCGAUGUCCUCGUCUCAUUUCUGUCGCACCGUUUGUCGAUUAGUGAGAACGUCCAAGACCUUGUAUUCAACAACGUCAACACCUAAAAUCACAACGCAUUACACAGUCAUCCCCAGGGAAAAGGAUGAAAGAUGGAAAGAUGUGGAGAUGGAGCGCUACGCCGACGAGGCGGAUGUCGUGAUCGUGGGAGGUGGGCCUGCUGGCAUGGCAGCUGCCAUCAAGCUCAAACAGCUGAGCCAAGAGAAAGGAACGGACCUCAGGGUGUGUGUGGUGGAAAAAGCCUCUGAGAUCGGUGGCCAUACACUGUCCGGUGCAUGCGUGGAGCCCAAGGCCUUUGACGAACUUAUACCUGACUGGAAAGAAAAAGGCCUACCCUUCCACACCCCCGUUACGGAGGACAAGUUUGCUUUCCUGACGGAGAAGAGACGUAUUCCCAUUCCAAUUUUUAAAGGUCUACCAAUGUACAACCACGGUAACUACAUCGUGCGGUUGGGUAACGUGGUACGUUGGUUAGGUGAGCACGCAGAGGAGUUAGGGGUUGAAGUCUACCCUGGCUAUCCAGCCAGCGAGAUUCUGUACCAUGAAGAUGGCAGUGUCAAAGGCAUUGCCACAUCAGAUGUUGGAAUCGCUAAGGAUGGCUCACCAAAGGCGACAUUCGAGAGAGGCAUGGAGCUGCACGCCAAGUGCACCAUCUUUGCCGAGGGUUGCCAUGGCCACCUCGCUAAGCAACUGUUCAAGAAGUUUGACCUAAGGAAAGACUGUGAGCCCCAGACAUACGGCAUCGGCUUGAAAGAGUUGUGGGAGGUGGAUCCAAGCAAACAUCGCCCAGGAUUAGUUGAACACACCGUCGGAUGGCCACUGAGCAAAGAUUUAUAUGGUGGGUCCUUUUGCUAUCACCUGGGCGAGGGUGCACCACUAGUGUCCGUCGGUUUUGUCCUGGGCCUGGAUUACAGCAACCCCUACAUCAGCCCCUUUAAGGAGUUCCAGAAGUUCAAGCAGCAUCCGGCCAUCAGACCGACCUUCGAAGGAGGCAAGAGAAUCGCGUACGGUGCAAGGGCACUUAACGAAGGCGGUUACCAGUCUGUUCCCAAGCUAGCCUUCCCUGGAGGCAUGCUGAUCGGAUGCAGUCCCGGCUUCAUGAACGUGGCCAAGGUCAAGGGCACCCACAACGCCGUCAAGAGUGCAAUAGUGGCCGCCGAAACCUUGUUUGAUAAGAUCACUCAGGAGAACACUACCUCUGAAACACAGGGUUUAUAUGUGGAAGAGUACGAACCCAGGUUGAAGGAAAGCUGGCUAUGGAAGGAGCUUUACGCGGUGCGCAACAUCCGACCAUCCUUCAACAGUCCUCUAGGAAUAUUUGGAACCAUGAUCUACACGGGCAUCUUCUACCUCCUAGGGAGGAGCAAAGAACCUUGGACACUAAAACACCACGGAAAGGACUCCGAAGCCCUAAAGCCAGCCUCAGAGUGUACCCCCAUUGAGUACCCUAAGCCAGAUAAUGAGGUCACCUUUGACCUACUGAGCUCGGUGGCAUUGAGCGGGACCAACCAUGAGAGUGACCAGCCGGCCCACCUCACCCUCAUGAACGACUCCGUCCCAGUGGACCGCAACUUGGGGACAUAUGAUGGGCCUGAGGGGAGAUUCUGCCCGGCAGGCGUGUAUGAGUACGUCCCCACAGAGGACGGGGAACACAUGAGGCUACAGAUAAACGCGGCCAACUGCGUCCACUGCAAGACGUGCGACAUCAAAGACCCAAGUCAGAAUAUAAACUGGGUUGUACCAGAGGCUGGUGGGGGGCCAGCAUACAGCGGAAUGUAAACAAGAGUAUUCCGAUAGCAAUACUUAAUAAUUCCAGAAAGACCCUUCAAAGAGAUGGAGAUAUUAGGUUAUUGGAAACUAGGAGUGAUGGGAGGUUGGGAACAAGACCAGAAUAGUUGUAGCAUUAAGGCUGUUUGAAUUGUCUGGCUACGGCUAGGAAUAACACAUUCGUCUAUGGGAAAUAGAUGUAGCCUCCAGCUGGCAGCUGCUAUAAAUGCAUGCAUUUAUUCCUAGCCAUAUCCUGGUGAUCUGAAGAAAGUGUAACACUAGCGUUGAGAGGCGUCUUGUGACAUCACAUGGAGAUUUUUUUAUUAAUUUACAAGGACAUUUUGGUAUGGUUGGUGUCUAGUUUCAGAGACUGUCAGAAGUGUAUGGUUUGAUGACGGGGCAAGGUUGGCAGUUUGUCAGGAAAUCUUCUUACAUGAUUUUUUAUCUCCUCUUCAACGAGUGCAUCUUAGACCUAACUCAAAAUCACUUGAUGACGAGAAAAGCAAGAACAAUGCAAAUUUUUCUUAAAUACACUGAAUUAUCUGGAUUGUAAUUAAAGUUAUUUAAGGAUUGCUUGAUUCAUGUUGAGUAACUCUUAUCUCAGUUGCCUCUCUACAGGUCCGUUUUAAAAUGUGGUGGUGUUUCAACUUCUUAUCAGGUUGCACAAAACAGGUCUCAUUCAAAACAUGCAUGAAAUGAGGAUUACAAUUUGACUAGGAUACUCUCAACUUGGCAAAUUCUCCAAGUCCAAUUUAACUUGUGCAUGUCUCAGUAAAUAAAUCUGCUGGAUUUUUUUUUUUUUUUCAGUACUAAUUCCUGUGGUAAACGAAUAGCCCCCUUUUCCCGUUGUCGUCAAUCCUAACCCUUGGAGGUGCCCCUGUAAUAUGUAUAUCAAGCAUCGGAAUCCAGUUGUAAAUUUACGAAUCAUUCACCAAUUUCAACAAAUCAUUAUUUUUAGUGAGUGGUAAUUCCCCAUGGAAGUGGAAGCAAUGCAAGGUCAGUCGCAGGCAAUACUCUGGCAACUUCAUUGGUCAGGGGCAAGGUGCAGUGAAUUCAGCCAAGAUUGGUACUCCAAAGAGGCCACUGUUGGGGUUAUUUCUGCUGGACAUUGGCCAAAUUGAAGCCACACAUACAUUGAAGUACUGCUGAAAGAUCCUGUGUCAUUUACAUAUGUACAGGAACACACAAAUUGUAUCUACGGCCAUUCUCCAAAUAAAUCUGUAAAAAAUCAA